UAUAAUAAAUAAAAAAACAAAUUCCAUUGGGAUAGAUGGUAAAACAUUCCGAUUCUCUCUUUGUGAGGCAGGACUUAUGUGAAUUAUGUGUCGUCGGCUCUGGAAAAUACUAGCUAUGCCUAUGUGGUUCUUACGCAAGCAGUGAUAAGACAGGGGAAGAGCCUAGACAAACCAACCCAAAGAAAAUUCUACAACUCUCUCGACCCAUGCCAUGUAUAAAUAAACUCACACUUGCUUUGGCUUUGUUGCACAGAGAGAGCAUUGAAAGAGAAGUACCAAAAGGCAAGCAGAGACUCUCAAGAAGUAGCGAGCAAUGGCAGACGAAGUGGUUUUAUUGGAUUUCUGGCCAAGCCCAUUUGGGAUGAGAGUGAGGAUCGCCUUGGCAGAGAAGGGCAUCGACUAUGAACCCAGGGAAGAAGAUCUGAGCAACAAGAGCCCUCUGCUUCUCAAGAUGAACCCGGUUCACAAGCAAAUCCCAGUCCUGAUCCACAAGGGAAGACCCGUAUGCGAAUCCCUCAUCAUUGUUCAAUACAUUGAUGAGGUUUGGAAUCAGAAAGCUCCUCUGCUGCCUUCUGUUCCUUAUCAUAGAGCCCAUGCCAGGUUCUGGGCUGACUAUGUUGACAAGAAGAUUUAUUCUACAGGAAAGUUGGUUUGGGGAACAAGUGGUGAAAUCCAAGAAGCAGCAAAGAAGGAACUGAUAGAGUGCUUCAAGCUGUUGGAAAAUGAGUUGGGAGACAAGACCUACUUUGGGGGUGAGAGCCUUGGCGUAGUGGACGUGGCACUUAUCCCUUUCUAUAGCUGGUUCUAUGCGCUAGAGACCUGUGGAAACCUGUGCAUGGUGAAGGAGUGUCCAAGGCUUGUGGCUUGGGCUAAGAGGUGCAUGCAGAGGGAGAGUGUGUCCAAGUCUCUGCCUGAUCAGUACAAAAUGUAUGACUUCCUUUUGGAGCUUAGGAAAAAGUUUGAGAUUCAUAGCUAAGAGAGCAUAUAUAUCUAGGAAUAAAUGUAUGAUCUUCAUGUUACAAAUUACAAUUUCCUGUCCCUAGUUUUCUAAA